CAGAGACCAAUAUUUCAGAAUUUAGAGGAGUCGAUGAACCCUUAUCUUUUAUAAGGCUAUUAUAAGUUAUAGCAAAAGCAUUUGUACUCCUACUCUCUAUUCAUCUGAGUUGUUGAUCCAACAUCAAGAAGAUGUUUUCCAGCAAUUCCUCUGCUUCCGUUCCGGCAUUUUCUGCCUCCACUUUGAGCGCCACAUCAUCAGCAACAUCCUCCUCCGCAAUCCGGCUCCGCAUUCUCAGUGCCGAAGAUUUCCCGGCUUCGCCUGUUCUCUGGUCGACUUCUGUCACGAGGCUGCGCAAACAAGUGACAGCAACAAGCGCAGGUGGAUCAUCUUCUAGGUCGUCCGAACUCUUUUUGGCGUCGUGGAGUUCUGUGAGGAAUGAAAUGGGCAUUACGAUGCCAGAAGAGCUCGUGAAUGUCACUUCCGACUCUCUAAGGUUCGACAUCAUGCCCCAAUAUCCUCCUACGACAGCAUUCGCGCCGGGGACUGUGUACUUUUUACUUCUGUUGAUGUGUAGUUUAUUUUUGACUUCUUCUUGUUCUAGAAUCUUGUUGUCAAAAGAGCCGUGUCAAGAUGUAUAGUCAACAAUUUCAGUCUACUCAUCCAGUACUACUCAUCAACCACGAGUACAGAUAACCUCUACAACAUAUAGCAGGGGGUGCUGGAAAUUAGCGCAUGCGCACCCGUAGACAAUAAGUUUACUGGGUAUAUCAUUAUCAAGAACUAAAAGUUCUUAAACACCAACCUCUUGUCAGGCAUAUCAAUCAAUCAAUCACUUGCUUCAGUCUUGGUUACCACGUGGUGAUGCCUCUAUCUUGCGCAGCACUUGACCGUUUUUCGUGUUGGUGUGGCACUACGGCUGUGUAUCCGAGACAACAGUACCCCAAUGUGGAACAAGCGUUUUAUUUCCAGAACUCUUGCUCUCUUGGCCAGAAAGUGAGGCAGAACAACACGCCUUGUUUUCGGGUAGAACUGCAAAGAGUGACUACGAGGAAUUCGAGGCCCGCAGGUGGAGGAAUCGGCGCCGGAUUUGGCACCGCUCUCUCACCUGGCGGAACCAGUAAUCGAAGUGCUCAAGGACAAGGCAAACCUAGUAAGCACACUCCAGUCCUAAGCACUCCCGAGCAGAGGUUACAAGGAAUGAUAGCCUAUGCGAGAUUACUGCAUCUGAAUAAAGUGAUGCCUGAUAAAUUAGCAUUGAUCGCAGAACCGAAAGCUGGAGAAGAUGGAUGAAUACUUCAGAGCAGGUCGAUUUUGCGAAAGCUGUAGUUGGACUACAACUGCACUACAACAGCAUGUAGUCUGUUUCAGAAUUAGCGAAAAUCACAAUUAU